GGGGGGGGAGAGAUGCUGGUCAUGGCGGCGUCUGUCCUUCCUCGCGGAGGCGCUGGAGGAGAUGUUAAAGGGAUGCUGGCAGAAGGGGAACAAUCAGAAAUGUCACCACAAAGAGCCAAAGAGGAGGAGGAGCAAAGGAAGUUGGGGGCACAAGAUGAAGGUAGCAGGCGAGAGGGGAGACGAAACCAGAAAUCAGAUGGUGACUCUGGUACGUCUCAGGGUGGUGAAAAUCAAAUUCACAGAGAGCAGAAAAAGCAUGAAUGCACAGUGUGUGGAAAGAGAUUGGGUAGUCACUCAGCUCUUACUAUACAUCAAAGAGUGCACACAGGGGAGAAACCGUAUACCUGUUCAGAGUGUGGAAAGAGCUUCAGUCGGAGUGGUACCCUUACCUUGCAUCAAAGAACUCAUACGGGAGACAAACCUUAUACAUGUUCAGAGUGUGGAAAGAGCUUCGCUCAGAGUGGUACCCUAAUCUUGCAUCAAAGAACUCAUACAGGGGAGAAGAUGUAUAAAUGUUUGGACUGUGGAAAGAGCUUCAGUCACAGUAGUGCCUUUAUCUUGCAUCAAAGAACUCAUAUAGGGGAGAAACCUUAUACAUGUUCAGUGUGUGGAAAGAGCUUCAGUCACAGUGGUAACCUUACUUCACAUCAAAGAAUUCAUACAGGAGACAAACCUUAUACAUGUUCAGAGUGUGGAAAGAGCUUCAGUCGCAUCGACACCCUUACCUUGCAUCAACGAAUUCAUACAGGGGAGAAACCGCAUACAUGUUCGGAGUGUGGAAAGAGCUUCAGUCAGAGUGGUAACCUUACUUCGCAUCAAAGAACUCAUACAGGGGACAAACCUUAUACAUGUUCAAAGUGUGGAAAGAGCUUCAGUCGCAUCGACACCCUUACCUUGCAUCAACAAAUUCAUACUGGGGAGAAACCGCAUACAUGUUUGGUGUGUGAAAAGAGCUUCACUCACAAUAGUGCACUUACUAGACAUCAACAAAGUCAUCAAGGCAGGAAACCUUAUGAAUGCUGGGAAUGUGGCAAGAGCCUCAGUUGCAUCAAUUCCCUUUCCUCGCAUCAAAGACUGCACACAGGAGAUAAACCUUAUAAGUGUUUGGAGUGUGGCAAGAGCUUCUGUCGUGGUAGCCAACUCAUGUUGCAUCAAGGGACUCAUAUAGGAGAGAAACCGUAUGCAUGUUCAGAGUGUGGAAAAAGCUUCAGGUGCAGUAGCUCCCUUACGUUGCAUCAAAGAACUCAUACAGGCGAGAAACCUUAUAAAUGUUUGGAGUGUGGCAAGAGCUUCAGUUUCAGCAACUCCCUUACAUUACAUCAAAGAAAUCAUACAGGAGAGAAACCGUAUAUAUGUUCGGAGUGUGGAAAAAGCUUCAGGUGGAUCAGUUCCUCCCUUAAGUCGCAUCAAAGAACUCAUACAGGGGAGAAACCGUAUACAUGUUUGGAGUGUGGAAAAAGCUUCAGUUGUGGUAACUCCCUUAAGUUGCAUCAAAGAACUCAUACAGGAGAGAAACCGUAUACAUGUUCAGAGUGUGGAAAGAGCUUCAGUCACAGUUGCAGCCUUACCUUGCAUCAAAGACUGCACACAGGAGAGAAACCUUAUAAAUGUUUCGAGUGCGGCAAGAGCUUCUGUCAUGGUCGCAAACUCACAUUGCAUCAAAGAACUCAUACAGGAGAGAAACCUUAUAAAUGUUUGGAGUGUGGCAAGAGCUUCAGUUUCAGCAGCUCCCUUACAUUACAUCAAAGAAUUCAUAGAGGAGAGAAACCGUAUAUAUGUUCGGAAGAGGAGAAAAAGCAUGAAUGUACUGUGUGUGGAAAGGGAUUUGGUAGUCUCUCAACUCUGACCACACAUCAAAGAGUACACACUGGAGAGAAACCGUAUAAAUGUUUGGAGUGUGGAAAGAGCUUUAGUCACAGUGGUCACCUUACAUUGCAUCAAAGAUCUCAUACAGGGGAGAAACCUUAUACAUGUUCAGAGUGUGGAAAGAGCUUCACUCAAAGUAGUGGCCUUACCUUGCACCAAAGAUCUCAUACAGGGGAGAAACCAUAUACAUGUUCAGAGUGUGGAAAGAGCUUCACUCAAAGUAGUGACCUUUCUUUGCAUCAACACAUUCAUACAGGGGAGAAACCGUAUACAUGUUCUGAGUGUGGAAAGAGCUUCAGUCACAGCAGUGCGCUUACUAGACAUCAACAAACUCAUCGAGGCAGCAAACCUUAUAAAUGUUGGGAAUGUGGCAACAGCUUCAGUCGCAUCGACUCCCUUUCCUUGCAUCAAAAAAUUCAUAUAGGGGAGAAACGAUAUACAUGUUUGGAGUGUGGAAAGAGCUUCACUCAGAAUGGCACCCUUACGUUGCAUCAAAGAGUGCACACAGGAGAGAAACCUUAUAAAUGCUUGGUGUGCGGGAAGAGCUUCAGUCGUGGUAGCUCCCUUAUGUUGCACCAGCGAACGCAUACAGGAGAGAAAACGUAUACAUGUCCAGAGUGUGGAAAAAGCUUCAUUUGCAGUAGCUCCCUUAUGUUGCAUCAAAGAACUCACACCGGGGACAAACCAUAUAAAUGUUCCGAGUGUGGAAAGAGCUUCAGGAACAGGAGUCACCUUACUAGACACCAGAGAACUCAUACAGGGAGCAAAUCUUAAAAAUAGGAGAAAAAGCAUGAAUGUACAGUGUGUGGAAAGAGAUUGGGCAGUUGCUCAAAUCUUACUUCUCAUCAAAGAGUGCACACAGGGGAGAAACCGUAUACAUGCACAGUGUGUGGAAAGAGCUUCAGUGACAGGAGUUCCCAUAAGAGACACCGAAGAACUCAUACAGGGGAGAAACCGUAUACGUGUUCCGAGUGUGGAAAGACCUUCAGUCAUAGUCACAGCCUUACGUCGCAUCAACGAACUCAUACAGGGGAGAAACCGUAUACAUGUUCCGAGUGUGGAAAAAGCUUCAGUCGGAGUGGCCAGCUUACCGCGCAUCAAAGAACUCAUACAGGGGAGAAGCCUUAUACAUGUUCAGAGUGUGGAAAGAGCUUCACUCAAAGUGGUGGCCUUACCUCGCAUCAAAGAACUCAUACAGGGGAAAAACCGCAUACAUGUUCCGAGUGUGGAAAGAGCUUCAGUCGAAGUAGUGGCCUUAUCUCACAUCAAAGAACUCAUACAGGAGAGAAACGUUAUAAAUGUUUUGAAUGUCAAAAGAGCUUCAGUCACAGUUGUUCCCUUAUCUUGCAUCUACGAACUCAUACAGGGGAGAGACCUUAUACAUGUUCAGUGUGUGGAAGGAGUUUCAGUCACAGUGGUACCCUUACUAAGCACCAAAGAACUCAUACAGGGGAGAAACUGUAUACAUGUUCAGAGUGUGGAAGGAGCUUCAGUAACAAUUGUAGUCUUACAUCACAUAAAAGAUCUCAUACAGGAGAGAAACCCUAUACAUGUUUGGAGUGUGGAAAGAGCUUCAGCUACAGUUUCAACCUUACCAUGCAUCAACGAAUUCAUACAGGGGAGAAACCGCAUACAUGUUCUGAGUGUGGAAAGAGCUUCACUCAGAUCAGUGGACUUACUCAACAUCAACAGACUCAUCGAGGCAGCAAACCUUAUAAAUGCUGGGAAUGUGGCAAGAGUUUUGGUGAACUCGGCUCCCUUUCCCGACAUCAAAGAAUUCAUACAGGGGAGAAACGAUAUAUAUGUUUGGAGUGUGGAAAGAGCUUCAGCCACAGUUGGGACCUUACCGUGCAUCAAAGAGUGCACACAGGAGAGAAACCUUAUAAAUGCUUGGAGUGUGGAAAGAGCUUCAGUUGCAGCGGCUCCCUUACGUUACAUCAAAGAACUCACACAGGAGAAAAACCGUAUACAUGUUCGGAGUGUGGUAAAAGCUUCAGUGUCAGUAUCCACUUGCUGAGACACCGAAGAACUCAUACAGGGGAGAAACCGUAUACGUGUUCCGAGUGUGGAAAGCCCUUCAGUCAUAGUCACAGCCUUACAUCGCAUCAACGAACUCAUACAGGGGAGAAACCGUAUACAUGUUCCGAGUGUGGAAAGAGCUUCAGUCGGAAUGGCCAGCUUACCACACAUCAAAGAACUCAUACAGGGGAGAAACCGUAUACAUGUUCCGAGUGUGGAAAGAGCUUUCGUCAGUGUAGCAACUUUAAGUCACAUCAAAGAAUUCAUACAGGGGAGAAACCGUAUACAUGUUCAGAGUGUGGAAAGAGCUUCGCUCAAAGUGGUGGCCUCACCUUACAUCAAAGAACUCAUACAGGAGAGAAACGUUAUAAAUGUUUUGAAUGUCAAAAGAGCUUCUGUUCGAGCAGUACCCUUAUCUUGCAUCUACGAACUCAUACAGGGGAGAGACCUUAUACAUGUUCAGAGUGUGGAAGGGGCUUCAGUCACAGUGGUACCCUUACUAACCACCUAAGAACUCAUACAGGGGAGAAACCGUAUACAUGUUCAGAGUGUGGAAGGAGCUUCAGGAAGAAUUGUGGCCUUACGUCGCAUAAAAGAUCUCAUACAGGAGAGAAACCCUAUACAUGUCCAGAGUGUGGAAAGAGCUUCAGCUACAGUUACAACCUUACCACGCAUCAACAAAUUCAUACAGGGGAGAAACCGCAUACAUGUUCUGAGUGUGGAAAGAGCUUCACUCAGGUCAGUGGACUUACUAAACAUCAACAGACUCAUCGAGGCAGCAAACCUUAUAAAUGCUGGGAAUGUGGCAAGAGUUUUGGUCAACUCUACUCCCUUUCCCGGCAUCAAAUAAUUCAUACAGGGGAGAAACGAUAUACAUGUUUGGAGUGUGGAAAGAGCUUCAGCCACAGUUGGCAGCUUACUGUGCAUCAAAGACUGCACACAGGAGAGAAACCUUAUAAAUGCUUGGAGUGUGGCAAGAGCUUCACUCAGAAUGGAGAUGUUGAAGGGAUUCUGGCAGAAGGAGAACAAUCAGAAGUGUCACCACAAAGAGCCAAAGAGGAGGAGGAGCAAAGGAAGCUGCGAGUUCAAGAUGGAGGCAGCAUGCAAGAGGGAAGACGAAAGCAGAAGGCGGAGGGUGACUCUGGUACAUCCCAGGGUGCUGAAAAUGAAAUUCGCAGAGAGGAGAAAAAGCAUGAAUGUACAGUGUGUGGAAAGAGAUUUGGUAAAUGCUCAACUCUUACUUCACAUCAAAGAGUGCACACAGGAGAGAAAUCGUAUACAUGUACAGUGUGUGGAAAGAGCUUCAGUGACAGGAGUUCCCAUACUAGACACCAAAGAACUCAUACAGGAGAGAAAUCGUAUACAUGUACAGUGUGCGGAAGGAGCUUCAGUGACAGUAGUUCCCAUAGGAGACACAGAAGAACUCAUACAGGGGAGAAACCGUAUACAUGUUCCGAGUGUGGAAAGACCUUCAGUCACAGUCACAGCCUUACGUCGCAUCAACGAACUCAUACAGGGGAGAAACCGUAUACAUGUUCCGUGUGUGGAAAGAGCUUCAGUGACAGUAGUUCCCAUACUAAUCACCGAAGAACUCAUACAGGGGAGAAGCCUUAUACAUGUUCAGAGUGUGGAAAGAGCUUCACUCAAAGUGGUGGCCUUACCUCGCAUCAAAGAACUCAUACAGGGGAGAAACCGUAUACAUGUUCCGAGUGUGGAAAGUGCUUCAGUCGAAGUAGUGGCCUUAUCUCACAUCAAAGAACUCAUACAGGAGAGAAACGUUAUAAAUGUUUUGAAUGUCAAAAGAGCUUCAGUCACAGUUGUUCCCUUAUCUUGCAUCUACGAACUCAUACAGAGAGACCGUAUACAUGUUCAGAGUGUGGAAGGGGCUUCAGUCACAGUGGUCACCUUACUAGCCACCUAAGAACUCAUACAGGGGAGAAACCGUAUACAUGUUCAGAGUGUGGAAGGAGCUUCAGUAAGAAUUGUAGCCUUACAUCACAUAAAAGAUCUCAUACAGGGGAGAAACGUUAUAAAUGUUUUGAAUGUCAAAAGAGCUUCAGUCACAGUUGUUCCCUUAUCUUGCAUCUACGCACUCAUACAGGGGAGAGACCUUAUACAUGUUCAGUGUGUGGAAGGAGUUUCAGUCACAGUGGUACCCUUACUAAGCACCAAAGAACUCAUACAGGGGAGAAACCGUAUACAUGUUCAGAGUGUGGAAGGAGCUUCAGUAACAAUAGUAGUCUUACAUCGCAUAAAAGAUCUCAUACAAGAGAGAAACCCUAUACAUGUUUGGAGUGUGGAAAGAGCUUCAGCUACAGUUUCAACCUUACCAUGCAUCAACGAAUUCAUACAGGGGAGAAACCGCAUACAUGUUCUGAGUGUGGAAAGAGCUUCACUCAGAUCAGUGGGCUUAUUAAACAUCAACAGACUCAUCGAGGCAGCAAACCUUAUAAAUGCUGGGAAUGUGGCAAGAGUUUUGGUGAACUCGGCUCCCUUUCUCGGCAUCAAAGAAUUCAUACAGGGGAGAAACUAUAUAUGUGUUUGGAGUGUGGAAAGAGCUUCAGCCACAGUUGGGAUCUUACCGUGCAUCAAAGAGUGCACACAGGAGAGAAACCUUAUAAAUGCUUGGAGUGUGGCAAGAGCUUCAAUUGCAGCAGCUCCCUUACGUUACAUCAAAGAACUCAUACAGGAGAAAAACCGUAUACAUGUUCCGAGUGUGGUAAAAGCUUCAGUCUCAGUGGUAGCCUUACUAGACACCAAAGAACUCAUGGGGAGAAACCGUAUACAUGUACAGUGUGUGGAAAGAGCUUCAGUGACAGGAGUUCCAAUAAGAGACACCGAAGAACUCAUACAGGGGAGAAACCGUUUACGUGUUCCGAGUGUGGAAAGACCUUCAGUCAUAGUCACAGCCUUACGUCGCAUCAACGAACUCAUACAGGGGAGAAACGGUAUACGUGUUCCGAGUGUGGAAAGACCUUCAGUCAUAGUCACAGCCUUAGGUCGCAUCAACGAACUCAUACAGGGGAGAAACCGUAUACAUGUUCUGAGUGUGGAAAGAGCUUCAGUCGGAGUGGCCAGCUUACCACGCAUCAAAGAACUCAUACAGGGGAGAAACCAUAUAAAUGUUCAGAGUGUGGAAAGAGCUUCGCUCAAAGUGGUGGCCUUACCUCACAUCAAAGAACUCAUACAGGAGAGAAACGUUAUAAAUGUUUUGAAUGUCAAAAGAGCUUCUGUUCGAGCAGUACCCUUAUCUUGCAUGUACGAACUCAUACAGGGGAGAGACCUUAUACAUGUUCAGAGUGUGGAAGGGGCUUCAGUCACAGUGGUACCCUUACUAGCCACCGAAGAACUCAUACAGGGGAGAAACCGUACACAUGUUCAGAGUGUGGAAGGAGCUUCAGGAAGAAUUGUGGUCUUACGUCGCAUAAAAGAUCCCAUACAGGAGAGAAACCCUAUGCAUGUUUGGAGUGUGGAAAGAGCUUCACUAAAAGUGGGGGCCUUAAGUCACAUCAACAAAUUCAUACAGGGGAGAAACCGCAUACAUGUUCUGAGUGUGGAAAGAGCUUCACUCAGAUCAGUGGGCUUAUUCAACAUCAACGGACUCAUCGAGGCAGCAAACCUUAUAAAUGCUGGGAAUGUGGCAAGAGUUUCUCUCAACUCGGCUCCCUUUCCCGGCAUCAAAUAAUUCAUACAGGGGAGAAACGAUAUACAUGUUUGGAGUGUGGAAAGAGCUUCAGCCACAGUUGGGAGCUUACCGUGCAUCAAAGAGUGCACACAGGAGAGAAACCUUAUAAAUGCUUGGAGUGUGGAAAGAGCUUCAGUUGCAGCGGCUCCCUUACGUUACAUCAAAGAACUCACACAGGAGAAAAACCGUAUACAUGUUCGGAGUGUGGUAAAAGCUUCAGUGUCAGUAGUAGCCGUACUAGACACCAAAGAACUCAUACAGGGAGGAAAUCUUAGAAAUCUUGGGCCAAUGCAAAGAACUUUCGUGGCAAGGACUCCCUUACUAAACUGAAAAGUGAAAGGGUUAAUUAGCUAACCUGUAUAUAU